GCCCAGACAUGCACCAGUUGUCACCUGGCCGGGGCAGGUGUAGCACAACAAGCAAUACAUGUCCUCUAUGUUUACACCACAGUUCCAGUUUGGCAAUGUCCGCGCUUCGUAGGAAUAUCUCCGCUCCCGUGAGUAAGCGAGGAGAGACGAACUCCAAGCAGCAACACUCACUCUACAGCAAGGCCUCUGCGGCAGUGCUGGGAGUCAUGCUCGGUGCCGUGAUGACUUACAUCUCUCUCUACGUAGAUAUGGGCGGCUUUCAAAUCACCACGGGAAGACGGGCGUAUGCGCUCCCCAGGGUAUCUCCAAUGUACGAUCGUGCCACUGGUGCCACCAGGACAGCUAAUUCCUCAGGCGAACGCGUGGAAAGCAAUCCGAGCACGGCGGCAACGCUUCCCACCCCGCUUCCAGACGUGCCACACCCAGUGAGGUCCUGUAGUGCAGAGAGAAUACACUUUGCCUUCGUCAAAGUACACAAAGCCGGCUCAACAACUCCGUACACCGUGUUCCAGCGGUUCGGACUCAAACGCCAUCUCCAAUUCGUGUUGCCUAGCAACGAGAGAGUAGAUGUGGGUUGGCCGUACCUGAUGAAGAAAGAGGACUACCUCCAGCCAAUCCCCGGCCGUCCAUUUGACCUGCUGGUGGACCACACGGUGUACAACAGGGAGAUCUUCAGGAACCUGCUGCCCAACAACACUGUGUACCUGGCUAUAGUCAGGGAGCCUUACAGCCACCUUAAAUCAGUGGUAAACUGGUAUGGAGUGGCGCGAAAAUAUGGACUAAAGAAAGAUGACCCAGUCGAAGCCCUACUAAAACAUCCUGAAGAGCUUGACCGGCAGUGGCUUGUACCCAGUAAGAACAAACAGCCAUUUUCCUGGACGCGGAACUUCAUGUCCUACGAUCUGGGCCUGCCGAUCGGUCUGACCGAUGACGAGAUGUACAUUCAAAAGUACAUCGCCCAGUUGGACCGGGACUUCCUGCUGGUGAUGGUGCUGGAGUACUUCGACGAGUCGCUAGUCCUGCUGAAGCGCUACAUGUGCUGGCAGCUGUCCGACAUUCUCUACAAAGUACAGAACAGUCGAAAAUACGGUUUUAAGAAGGAUGACCUGUCCCCUAAGAUGAAGAAGAUUCACAGAGACUGGAGCAAGGCUGAUUACCUGAUCUAUGAACACUUCAACAGAACCCUGUGGGAGAAAAUCGCAAAUGAGGGGAAGGGCUUCUUUGACGAGGUGACGCGGUUCAGGCAAAUCAACCAAAUGACCACUCGAUUCUGUGACGUAACGGUCGUCAACAACAAGACCGCAGACAAACGCUUCGGGACUACCCGGUGGAAUAACGAAUUUGUCAUUGACCGCAAGUUUUGUACAUUGCUAAAUAGUAGACACCUUGUCACCUUGAAGAAGAUGCACGUGACAGAGCUGCGAAAGAACGGAGUCAAUAUGCCAUGGCCGAAAUGGCUCCCUCCCCCUCCGAAACCUCCACAAAAACAACCAGCCCCAGCCAAACAACCAGCCCCGGUCAAACAACCAGCCCCGGGCAAACAACCAGCCCCGGUCAAACAACCAGCCCCGGUCAAACAACCAGCCCCGGUCAAAGAACAAGUCCCGGCCAAACAAUCGGUCAAGACCAAACGUCGAAAAUCAUCGAGAAAAAGACGUCACUGACUGACGGAAGAUGAUGAAGGAUGUGGACUUCACUAUUAAUCAUUAGUACUGUGGAGUGACCGAAUACCCGCUGGCAUACCGAUAUGAUACACUUACCUUUCCCUCCAGGAGAGGGCAAUAUGCAUUAGAGCAAUUGUUGACACACUUGUUGCAUUACUUUCGUCACGUUGUACACAUUGGUGUAAUAUUAGCAUUCAUUUUCUUUAUACUUCUUGGGGUUACAUGUUUUAAAGGAUGGGUUAGUACUUCUCGCGAUACGGUUACCUUUUAUGAUAACGAAUAUAAAGAGAUCGGUAGAACACAAAAUGUCGUACGACAGAUAUCGUAUUGUGUUUAAAGUUCCUUGCUUCAAGCACGUCCCUGCUUCUAGUUAAGUUAAUUAU